UAAUUUCGUUACAUUUUGUGUUCCCAACAAGUACAUAAUGCUUCUUUUCAGAAGCAUAUCAAUCGAGGUUUUGCUAGUGUUGCUGAUUCAACAACAUAACGCCCAGGAAGAGUACGGCUUGGAAGAAUCCGAAGAUCAUUCAGAUUUCACUGAAGAUGGCGGAGAGUACCACGAACAUCCUGAUUACUCAAAGUACUAUUCUCUUGACGGCAAUGCACCUUUAACAGCAGAAGAAAACAAGGGGAGCGGUUUUGUUGGUUCUUCGGAGUUCACGGGAUUCUUUGCUCCUCAAACCAUAGAAUAUCAAGAAACCGUUAAGCAACCAAUAUUAUCGAUCCCAAGUUCAACUUUCAUUCCUCAAGGACAACAGACUCAAUCACUUACAAGGUUCGCACCCAUUCAAAGCACUCCAAACUUCCAUUUCAGUGAACCACUAAGAGAUUUCUUUGAGGAAUCCCAGAAAAAACAAAAAGCUGAAGAACAAGGACAAUUGAGAGAAGACUACAUUCGUCCUGGUCCCAAUUAUAUUUCCCAUCAAAUUCCAUUACACCAAGCAGUUGAUGAAGUCAAAUCGGCUAGUGCUGAAGACGUAGAAAGAAUACCUCCAAGACCGAACAAACCAAAAUCAUCAAGUGGGAGAGGCUACGAUGAAGGAUUCACAGAUGUUGAAGGGGAGAUUGAAAAUGAGGCUGAAGACGAGAAAUAUACAGUAGGUCUAUUGAGUAACUCUAAGACUCCGAUAGACUACAACAUUGGAAAAUCUAGUUCAACUGUUUCACAAUUCCCUGCUGCAGCUGGAUACAUCAAACCAUCCCCUGGCGACUUAUCUCCAUAUCAAAAGUAUAGCUUUCAGCCCACAACGUUGGAAAGCUCCCUGAGUUCUAAAUACUCAGAUUCCCUGUCCAACAUUGAUACUUCGUACAAUCCCAAUUACGAGAAACUAACCAAGCAUUCCGCUGCGAUUGAGAGCCAACCUUCAGAGGAAAUUUCUAGUCAUAUCAAGAGCGGAGGAUGCAGAAAAAUAGCCAAGCCAUCACAUAGUUCGGAAGAUUUGAAUUGUUUCGUUUGUGAGAAUGCAGCUACAAAGUCUAAGUACACGCAAUGCUCUUAUUCUUCCGAGAAAGAACCAGAAGAAUAUAGUAGUGGAAACUCUGAAAAAUAUUCCGGCCCAGCUAAAGAAAUCAACAUCAGAUACCGGCGAAAUGCCGCCAAUAACGAUCCAUACUAUCAAAUCCGAGAGAGAUCUCGUAAGGCUUUGGAUGAGCCAACCAUUCCAGCUGACUAUAAUGCCGGAUUCCAAUAUGAACCGGAAUUUUACGAUGAAACACAAAAGCAUCUGAGUUACUCGGAGAAACAAGCUGAAGAACUCAAGAAGGAUCCUAAGAACUGUAAAAAAGUAGACAGAAAAGGAAUGACUUGUACUAUUUGCAAAAAUCCUGAAACCGGCGGUAACUACGAACAAUGUUCAUAUACGUCAGAACCUAAGGAGAAGAAAUAUGCAUAUGUGAAAGAGAAAAAAUACGACAGUGAUGACCCUGAAGAAACGAAAGUGUCUCCUCAAACUGAAGAAGCAGAAUCUUCAGAGCAAGUCAGUCACAAACCUGAACCUGAACCUACUGAAGAGCAUGAAGAUCGGGUGCAACAGAAGACACCUACGAAACGAAAUGAUGAGGAAAGUACCUACGACGAGAAAAAUAGCGAUGCGUAUUAUUAUCCGUACGCAUCAUCCAAAUCAACGGAAAGCAAAGCUGAAGAUGAUGAUAGCUAUGAUAUACCACUCCACUUUGCGGACAGCGUAAAGAGUGAAAAACAAAGAGAAUCGAACGACGAACCCAGUAGGAGUUUCGAUGAGUAUCAUGCCAGAUUAUUUCCAGAAUUGUCUGAAGGAGAAUCAAAGAGACAAGACAAGUCUGAAUAUCCCACCUCAGCAGAGACAAGACAGAAUGUGGAAGAAGUUUUAGCGGAGUUUUCGAAAAAAGAUAGGACAAGCUGUAAGAAAUCUGAAAAAAAUGGAAUGACCUGUUAUUUAUGUGUUGACAAAAAUGGUAUUCAACAUGAAGAAUGCAUGUAUGUUCAGGAGUCGAAGCCUCAAUCAUCGCAUGUAGCAUAUCACCAGCUUCAAGGGGUCAAAAAACUAGAAGAUACUGAAUCUCAACCGGAAGAAAGUAAAGAAAAACCCAUAGUCACUUUGGAGUCUAAAAAAAAUAAUUUCUUUAAAAAACCUAAUUCCAAAACUCCGUUUUUAGUAGCUGCUGCCUCAGAAGUUUCAGCAACGGAAGUGCCUUAUGAAGAGUUGAAGAAGCAUUACAAAAAGAAAAGGAGUCCAAAAAAAAGCAGAAACCUCAAACAGGACCCAGAACCAACUUUUGUCACACCAGCGGAGUUCAAAGUUCAGGAUGAGGAGGGAGCUUUCAGCAAAGAAACCAAACCAGUAUACAGUGAAUUACAUGAUGAGAACUUACCAAAAUAUAUGGUAGAGAAGUCAGAAUUUGAAAAAGAAUUUGAUAGUUCUUCAGGAGCAUUGUAGUAUAGUUUUUUACUUGUGAAUGUAUCGAUAGAAACAGAAAAAUUUCUAUCGAAAUACAUUACAUAUUGUUGUUUUUAU